AUGGAAAAUGGCAAUCUUUCGGCGAUUUUUUCCACAAUUCUAGAUUACGCGGAAGAGGAGACUGGCGCCGCCGGCACUUCCAGUAAGUUUUUUUUUUAAAACAAUUUCCUUGCGAAACAACUUGAAAAAAAAAGUCACAGAUUCCGGUCGUGCUCUGACUGUCCGACAAGAAAACGCCGUGGCGGUGCUUCGAGCGGUGGCGGCUGAAAAUGAGAAAAACGCGAAAAAGGCGGAAAUUUCGUUCCAAGAGCUCUCGCAGAGCGUUUUGGACGAUAUCGGAGCAAAAUCCGCGGCCGCACAACAAUUGUGUGCUCUUUUGAGCCGACCGCACAUUCAGGGCACACUUUGGGCCGCCCAGGAGAUAUCGGCCGGCCGCUUCGGACCCAAAUUGCCCGAAGUGCCGUUCGAAGUGGACGAGGACGACGGCGUGGCCGUCAAAAUUGUGAGUUUUAGGCGGGAGAGGUUAAAUAUUUGAAUUUUGACAAGUACACGAGUACAAAGACGUGUUUGCCUUUAAAAAAAAUUGAAUGUGCUUGAUAAGAGAACGGUAUGUGCCUUUGCCAUUGAUAAAAAGUUACGAAAAUUUGCACACGUUAAAAAUGCGGAAAGUCGAUAAUUUCUCACCUAAACUUCGGCCAAUCCGAUCCCUCUUCAGGUCCGAAUAGUGCGACGUGGCGAGCCGCUCGGAGCCACAAUAAAAUGCGAACGUGGCAAAGUGUACGUGGCGCGGAUACUGGCGAACGGAGUGGCCGACCGGAGCGGGUGUAUUCAGGACGGCGACAGGGUGCUGGAAGUGAACGGAGUGCCGGUGGCCGAUAAGGAACCGCGCGAGAUUGUCAAACUGCUCGACAAGUGCGAAAAUGGCAUUGUUAGUUGAAAGCUUGGAUUGAAAAAGAGCCAAUUGUUUUUGUGUACAGAUCACAUUCAAACUGAUACCGGCCGAAAUGAGUUUGAAGUACAAGGAGAGGAAGGCCUCGCACAGAUAUGUUAGGGCACUCGUGAGUUUUAUCCAAUUGAAUGAUUUUCUUGCUUUACAACUUUGUAAUUGGCCAUUUUUUCACGUGAUCAGGAAAACUGAACUAUUACAAAGUUGUAGAGCAGAAAAAAAGCUAUCGAUUCGCUUUUUAACAUGUGAAAAAUCUUCAAAAUUGACCGAAUUACGCUGUUCCUUAGUUCGACUACGAUCCGUGGCAAGACAGUCGUCACCCGUGCCCGGAAGCGGCCAUCUCGUUCCGCGCCGGCGACAUUCUCGAGGUGAUCAAGGAGAACGAUCCGUACUGGUGGCAGACGCGCAAGAUCGGAUUCGGAGCGCUCGCGAGACGGAAAGAGCGCGACGGCGAGGAGCAGCAGCCCAAGGACGAUUCCAGUUAGAAUUGCGUAGAGAUAAUUGCAAAAAAAAAGAUGAUUUUCAGAAAAGAUAGGUCUAGUCCCUUCGGAAUGGCUGCAAUCGAAAUCGGAAAACGAGGAAGGCGCCGAGCCGCAAGAUCACAUUUCGUUUUUGGAGGUUUGUCACAAAAAUUACUCAUACAAGACUUUUCUAUUAUUGUUUUUCAAAAGGCAUGCUUCGAGUUGCGCGCGACGAUAUUAUUGGGGCACCGGACAGAAAGGGCGCGCUGUUCGCAAUCUGGCCGAAUUUCUAGGCCGCAAAGUAAUUUUCCACUGAAAACGUGGCCUAACUUUUCAAACUCGGCCCGAGGUCGCUCAAUUUGCACUACAAAAAGAGUUUCUCAACGGAGCGCCAUUUUUGUGCGGUGCCCCUAUAAUAGCUCAAAACUACCGACUUUUUUUUUUCGUCCCGUCCUGCCUGCUUUCCCAAACGCGCGCACUCCAUUCAAAUUUGUCGCAUCGCUGCGAGACCCAUCCAUUUUUUGAUCUGCGCGCGCAACCGGUUAACUAGAGACAUGCUAUUCACGGUUGUUUUCGUCGUUGUUUGCGUCGUUUGCGCCCUCUUUUUUUGCCGUUUCUUCAUUGAAAAAUGCGAGUAGAGCUUAUUUCGACGAAAUCGCGAUAGUUUCUUCUCAGAGAAUCGAGUUUUUUUUCGCAUAAAACUCUCCAUUUUUGACAGUUUUUCAUAUAAAACUCGAAAACUCCAGCGCAGUGAGUGAUUGACAAACCGAAUACUGAGUACUAUGCGAUAAAUGUACACAAAAAGUGAAAUAGAACAUGAGUUGAUAUCGUCAUUUUGCUUAAUUCUUCUCUAGUUUUUCUCCGAUUCGCUCCGCGACAACGUCCACGCUGCUCGUUGUUUAUAAUCAUCUUCUGUUGAUGCGAACGCCCGUUUUCUUGGAAAACAUGAACAGAAAGGUCCUGUAUGAAUAUUAUAGCUUUUUACUCUUCGUUGUACUUUUCGUCGCUCACGUGCUCAUUUCUCUUGACGGAAUAACAAAAAAACACGAUAAAAUAUGCAGAAUUUCGCUGUUUACCCGUUCGUGUUUUAAGAAUCGCGUCUUUGAAAACUGUAAGAUGUAUCGUUUCAGAACCACAAAGAGCGCUUCUACGAGAGCGUCUUCCGAUGGCGGAACAAGAAAAAGCGGCGGCGAGUCGUCGUGCUUCUGGGCGCUCCGGGCGUCGGCCGCAAUGAGAUCCGACGGCAGUUCUUCAAAGUGUUCGCCGAUCGAUUCACGAAUGCGAUUCCGCACACGAGCCGCCCGCCGAGGUAAUCAAAUUCCCAUUCCGGAGGGCGACUAAGCUCACUGCUAAUUGGUUCUUGCUUCCUUUCUCGCUUAGGAAAUACUUUAAGCACAACAAGUUGAGUACAAUUUUCUAAAUGCUUUCAAUUGAAAAUAGCGAAAAGUCCCAUUCAUCUCUGGAGACAAUCCGCCAAAAAUCGCUGAAAACGAAAAACUGACAAAUUAGGCGACGAUUCGUCAUUUUCUCUCGAAUUCCCAUUCGUCUUUUGAAUUCCCAGAGACGACAAAAAUAGAAGAAAACGGCAGAGCAUAACAAUUUUUUUCAGGCCCAACGAAGUGGACGGUGUGAAUUACUAUUUCACGACGCGCGCCGAAAUGGAGCGGAUGAUCGAGCGGAAAGAGAUGCUCGAGUACGGCGAAUUCCGCGAGAAUCUCUACGGAACCGCGCUCAAAUCGGUGCGGCAGGCGAGCGAACGGGGAACGGUGCUGCUGACGCCGCAUCCGUUGGCCGUCGAAAACAUUCGCACGGAGGAGUUUGCGCCCAUCGUCGUUUUUGUGCAGCCGCCCGAGUUUGGCGAGUUCAAGGUUUGCCAUUUUGAUUGAUUUGUACUGAUUUGGAAAAUGUAUAGUGAGAGUUGAGCAGCAAGCGCAUAAACUCACUGAACUUCAUUUCCAAGUCCUAGUUAGAAAUGAAUAGACACAUUUUAAAUCCUACCAACUAUUCAGCACACGCGUGAGCUGUACCGUGCCCAAACGACGCGUUCCCACUCGGCGGCCUCCUCGUCGAACGUCUCGCAGAAUACGAUGGCGCCGGGCGGCGGCGGCCGCGGAUUCUCCGACGCCGAAAUCCGUCAAAUCAUUGAGAGUUCGGCACAAAUGGAGCAAAAGUAUCGCGGAGUUUGCGACGCGAUCGUCCGGAAUACCGAUUUGGAGACGACGAUGAACGAACUGACGGGGCUGAUCUAUCAGCUCGAGUCGAAGCCCGUCUGGAUGCCUGUCAAGUGGUGUAACGAGAUUGGCGAAUAA